GCUCACAGCCUGAGAAACUCUUGAGCACAAGCCGGGUCUCAGGACACCGUGGCUCGAGUCGCGCAAUGACAGUUGGAACAGCUGAUUCAAAAUUUCACAACUCGCCGCUCCAUCUGAAUUGUUUACCUGUCCUUGAAAAUACACUUGUUUUUAACUUCCAAACGUUUUCUAGAAAUGUCUGAGCGUCGGGGUAGCAUUAUGAAGGGGAUUCGCAAAGAUAGCCAUACUGACAGGCUCCGAGAGUCAACCAUGGACAUUGAAAUGCAUGACGACGACGACUCCCACCCUGUGAAACGAGGGUCUUCAGUUUGGAAAACUGGGUUCAAAGGGAAACUAGCCAACACCUACAGGUUGGGACCAAAGCAGAAGUUUCUUCCCCAUUUGAUUCAGAAGAAAGGCGAGGAGUUGAUGAACCAAGCAUUCGGUGAGCUGGCCUACGACCACGACAACUGUCGAGAUGUGGCUGAUAAAGUGGCUGCAGAUGUCCUGGCGUUCUGCAAAGAGCAAGUGUUCGACCGCUACAGAUACGUGGCCAGGGUGGUCGUCGGCGAAAAGAAAGGCCAGACAGUGAAGAUAGCAAGCCGUACCCUGUGGGAUGAUGAAAAGGACAACUUUCUAACUCUCAACUUUGAGAACAGACACCUUUUCGCCGUUGGCAUGGUUUUUGCCAUUUAUUUCGAGUGACAAUGGGCAAUGUGAAAGGCAGAUGGCAAUUUAUCUCUACCUGCCAAUAAAUGAAUGAGAUGUCAAGUUUUUGUGAAUACAUUUUUUUUGUAGACAAAAUAAAACAACAGUAUCAGUGAC